UCGGCUCGCACUCUUGUUUCGGCCUUUCCGAAGAGAACCUCUUUCAAAUCCUGAGACACGCUCAUUUGGGUUAUCUCUCUUCGAGAGUGACUCGAGAAGAAGUCGGUAUGACGGACCAAACGGACGGACUGGCUGGUACGCCGGCUCAGCAAGCUGCAGCUAGAGCAGUUGCUAGAGGCUUUCGAGAUAAGGUGAAGAAAAUGGUUGACUCGGCUGGAGACCGUGCUCUGCUGUUUGAAGCAUUGCGCACCUAUCAGCAAAACAUGGAAAUUGAACAGUUGGUGGCUGCGUUGAGUGGUGUGUUGAAUCAUCCUGAUCGACUGCCUCUAUUCCAUGACAUCCGGCUAAUGAUUCCACCCAGACAGCAUCUCUCAUACAAUAGCAUGGUACCGCCUCCACCAAGUAAUAGCAUGCGUGUUGUCACCUUGACACGGCAUGGAAAGGAAGGAUUUGGAUUCAGCGUGCGUGGAGGCAAGGAGUAUACUUGCGGCAUGUACAUCUCUUCAGUGAAGCUGGGAUCUGCUGCCAGCAAAGCACAACUCAAGGUAGGAGAGGAGCUAAUCAGUGUGGAUGGGUAUCCUGUAACGGAGUUGAUACAUGAGGAGGUUCUCAAUCUUCUGCGUGGUGCACGUUCGCUGCGUUUGAGACUAAAGGCCGUUUGCUUGUUGCCAUACCAAAAUGACGGCGAUGAUAAUAUCUACUGGCAGUUGAUUGGAGCUGAUGGCAAUCCACAUGAUCCAAAAGAACCUGGCACAGAUGACGAUGAUGAGGGCAAGGAAAGCCUUGGUCUGGCUGUACUAGCACCGGGAGAGCGGAGAGUUACCAUAACCAAAGAUGGACAGCCACUGGGAUGUGGCAUUGUUGGAGGAAGUCAAUUGCGAAAGGGUAUAUUUGUUGCAGCGGUGCAAGAAGGAGGUCUAGCAUUCAAUGCUGGACUACAGAACAACGACCAGAUCACAUCUGUGAAUGGGUUCAGUUUCAAAGAUCUCAAACAUUCCGAGGCUGUACGUGUGCUCAAGUCCAGCAACGUUCUCGUUGUCACUGUGAAGUCUGAGAAGGAUCGAGAGCAGCAAGAAAAAUGGGAGCAGCAAAUGGGGCAACUGCAAGAGGAGCGUCUUUUGGAGUUUGCCCAGGAGCGACCGAACACAGAAGAGAAAACCUUCUACAUCUCGCCCCAGUUUGCUGGGAAUCCUCUUGAAGCUCAAGUCAAUGCUCCCAAUCCCUAUGCAGAGGCAAGCCAGGAUGAUGAUUUAGGUGACAUAGACCUUUACAACACCGAGAAUGUAUCCAGCGAUGAAGACGAUGACAAUGAAAGUGCUAGUGCGGAAGCUCCUAGGAACAAAGAUCCCAAGCCACAACAGACAGCAUCAGCAACAGCAGAAGCAGCCGCAGAAGCAAGUGAUACAAGUGAAGAUAGCAGUGCCACAAGCACUGUGGUGCAGAGUCAUCUUCAACGCAUGUAUAUCGAGCAGCAGAAGGAAAGACAUGCCCGAAUUCACAAGAGCAGUACACAACGACUACAGCUCAUGCAGGAGGUCAGACAACUUCGCAAAACCGAUGACGCGGCGAAGGAGGGCGAUGCUGAGGCUACACAAAGCAAAGAAGAUGACACUUCAAAGCAAGGAUCAGCUUCCACAGCCGACACCGCUUCAGAGCAAGCACCAACUUCCACAGCGGCAGUGGUCAAGAUGGUGAAGGAAGAAGCUGUGUAUGAGGAAGCCAAAAUUGUCACCAUGCCAAAGUCCUAUGUGGCAGAGAAAGGCAGUGCACACAUCCGCUCAGCAUCGCUAGCUGAAGUAGCUGAAGUUGGCAAGGCAACUGCACUUGCAGAGCAGGAUGUACAAGCUGGAGCAGCCAUUCCUGCUGGAUUCAGUGAUGCUGCUGGCAAUGAUACCAGUAGUGAACAAGGUCCAAACCUACCACCUAGAAACACUGGCAGCCUGACCAAGGAAACAACAGCAGCAGCAGCAGCAACGACAACGGCUGCUAGCCUGUCACCAAGAUACAGCACAGUAAACAAGAACAGGAAGAAGCAAGAGUCAACACAGCAGCUCCUUGACCAGCCACAGAAGCAAGUGCAACAAAAUAAGGCUGGCAAACAUCAGCAUGAAGAAGAGCCACCACCGCUGAGACCACCUCAACAUGCAGCAGAUGGUCAAGUGGCAAUACAGAGAGAUGGUGUGAAUACACAACCAGCUGAGGCCACAGCCACUACCGUUCCAGAUAAUGGCAAGCCACAGACACUAGCAUACACACAAGUAGAAGUGAAGUCAUCUGGAUCAUCUGGAUCAAAACCAUCGCUAGCUGAGAAGCCAGUACCCAGUCCGAAAUCUAAAAAGAAAGUAGUGUUGGUUGAUAGCCCAGCGGAAGCAAAGAAGACACCGUAUGCCACGGUAACCGUUGUAGCAACUGAAGAAACGGCCCGUCACUCACCGCCCCCACCCAGUGCUGCUGUGGCACACAAAUCCUCUCUCAAGACCUCACAGGACAAGGAUGCCGCCGUUGCUGUGAGAAAGACAAAACCAAGAAUGAAGAAGCAGGCAUCUUUUGCUACGGAUGUGGAGUGUGUUGUCAUCAAACCUCCGGACAGCAGGCACCUAUCCAUGAACUUGGAGGAAUUGGAAGCUGUAAAUCCCAGCAACCUAGAAUUUGGAGAGGAUGUGUUGCAAGGCCGUAAAGCAGAGUUCCACUCCAUUCCCAAGGACGGUCCACUAGGAAUCAAGCUACGCGGUGGAGUCGGCACAAGCACCGGAGGGAAAAUCCUAAUUGCUGGCAUCAAUGAUGACGGGGCCGUUGGAAGAUAUGGAAAACUUCAUGCUGGAGAUCAGAUACUGAUGGUAGAUGGAACAAGCUUCAUUGACAUUGGCCAGAAAGAAGCAACUCAAGCACUCCAUGAGGCGAUGCAAUGGGAAACGGAGUGUAUUGACGUGGUGGUAGCAACACAGCACGGUACAUAGUUUGCUGAUAGUGCCACAACUCCUCUACAAUUUUGUAGUAUGUAUGCUAUUGCCGUAUGAGAAGACCUGCAGUAUGGGCGGUACCGGAGUGGUAUGUCGGCAGUCACUUAUCAGAAACAAUUAUUAUCAGCAAGCAUCAACUGCUACCAAGAAGAUGGUUAUGGCAGGGAGUAUUAGUGCAUAACCUUAAACUGCAACUUGUGUUUUGACUAAGAAUGAAGUACACCGUACACCAUACAGUGCAUAGAUUACAAGUCCUAAUUAUUAGUAUUGUUCAUUCAUUGUUUCGGCUAGUGUUAUCUAUUAUUUCAGCUAGCCUAUCUAUUUACUAUUUAGUUAGGCUUCAUAGGCUCUAGGUAUUAUAGGUAAUACUCGUAGGUUUAGCAGAACUCCUUGGCAGUCAACUGCACUUCAGAUACUCUGAUAUUUCCUGUGCUG